UGCGACAGCCGUAAGUGAGCGGCGGCGCCCGGCGCAGCGGAGCGGUGUGGGCGGCGGCGGCGCGAUGAGGCCGCAGCAGGCGCCAGUGUCGGGAAAGGUGUUCAUCCAGCGCGACUACAGCGGUGGGACGCGGUGUCAGUUCCAGAGCAAGUUUCCGGCUGAGCUGGAGAACAGGAUUGAUAGGCAGCAGUUUGAAGAGACUGUCCGGACGCUCAACAACCUCUAUGCAGAAGCUGAAAAGCUUGGGGGCCAAUCCUACCUGGAAGGGUGUCUUGCCUGUCUGACUGCCUAUACCAUCUUCUUGUGCAUGGAAACACAUUAUGAAAAGGUUCUAAAGAAAAUUGCCAAGUUCAUUCAGGAACAGAACGAGAAGAUCUAUGCUCCUCAGGGCCUCCUUCUGACAGACCCCAUUGAAAGAGGACUAAGAGUUAUCGAAAUUACCAUUUAUGAAGACAGAGGUAUGACCAGCGGGAGAUAAAACUGUGGACUCUCAGCAGACAGCUCACCAGUGGACUUGCUGUAUCAAAGUUCCCCUACCUCCUACUUUAGAGCAUCAUUCCUCUCUCUGCUGCCAGAUCCACAGUGCCAUCUACAACAAGGACUAAUUCCUAAAAUUGCUCCCCAUGGGGUGACCUAGCUGGCCAGCAUCCAUUUUGUGGCAAACUCCUAAGCAGUGAGAACACUUCUUAGGUUUUGAGUUUUUUCCAGGAAGAGCAGAAGCGCUGAAGCUGCGUGACAGAAACGGAGCGCCUCGCCCAGCUGAAGUCUAGGUUUAGUCACAGCAGUGCAGUGCUGUUCCUGCCCAGAUCUUAAACACCUCUCUCCAGCCUUGGGGCUUUGGAAGGCUGCGAGUCAGAGUUGGGAGUUUUCCAGGAAUGAGACCUUCCCUCUAGGUCAGUGCUGGAGUGAGGGGAUGCAGUGCCCCUGCCUUGUGAGAGGGGCUCCAGGCAAGGAGCAGAUUCUGUGUGAAAUUGAGAAGGCAAAGUGCUCCUUCUUUUAGUGUUGUGGUUGUUCCUGGAAGAGGCAGGAAGAGCUGGACUUGAAUACCGGUGUGUUUUUCCUACUACUGUGUCUGUGCUGUUGUUGCAUCUGUCAGUGCUCACCAGGAGAGGGGAGUCUGCUCAUUCAUAAACCAGAACAAGAGUACAAUAAAAUGGAUGCUGAACCCAUAAACAUAGCAAUCCCUGUCCUACUCUGAUUAAUAUGUGAAGUGUAAAACUGUUUCUUUAUGGAUUUGUUAUAUAUAAUUUAUAGGGAAAAAGAAAACCAAACCACAUUGAUGAGACAAACUGUUGGGUGUUGUGUAAGAUGGUUUCUGAAUUCUCUCUGCUGGCACACUGUUGAAGAGUAGAACUGUGCAUUAAUUUCUAUCCCCCCCCCAUGCAUCAACAUUCCUCAGCAACACCUGCAAAAGUAAAGUUCCUACAAACCACACUGGCUUAAUAUUUUCCUCUUGUAUCCUUUUCCCUCCUCAAAGCAAGGAUGUCCUGGGCUGGCUCAGGUUUUGAGCAUCACUGUCCAGUCGUGGAAGGAAGUUGAGAGUGAAGAGUGGCACAGAAGGCUGCUGUUCUGGCUGCUGUUCUGGCUGCUGGGGGUGCUGCAGGUGCUGCAGGUGCUGAUCCUGCAGCUCGGAUUCCAGGCUUCUGACUCAGCCAACAGAUGCUUCCUUUUUUUGUU